GCUCUUGUGUCUGUCUUCUUCGUCUCCAUCCGAAGCUCUCUUCAUCAAUCCAAACCGAAAAAACCAGAGAUCGGAGGAAGGAGAGAGAGAGACCAAUCGCUGGUUGUUUUCUAAUCUCUAUCACAGUUAUAGUUUCUUUGGUUUUGAGGGUUUAGAGGAGAUGUCAAACCACCCGAAGAUCACAUGUGUAUCUUCGGCGCAUCAGAAUGUGGAGGAGAAGCUAAGGGAACUUCAGGAGAGGUUCUGUCAUCUUCAGGCUGCUAGGAAAGAAGGGCGCCAUGGUGACCUUGCACUUUUGGAAGCCCAAAUCUCUCAGAAUAUUCGUGAGUGGCAAGCUGAACUCACUGCUCCUUCUCCUGAAUCUUCUCUUCUGGGUGAAGGUAUUAGCCAAUUCCUUGAGGAGUUUGCUCCUCUGUUGAAAUUAGACGAGGAGGAUGAUGCAACUAGUACGCUAAAGGAACACGCUGCACCAAAGCCUCAGCCUGACGGUUUCGCUCAAAGCUUGUGCCCUCCUGAAUGGACAUCUGAGAAUUUUAGUCAAAGUCCUUUCAAUGGAAAUUUCUCCUGCGGCAUUGAGGAUGCUCUUAAUAGCACAGAAACACAUGGCCAGCAACUCCAUUAUGCAUUUGAAGGGUUUGAUCCAAGCGUAAACACCGCUCCUGAUUUCCAUGACCAAAAACUCAACAGCAACCUGGAUAUAACUUCUCAGUAUGAUUCUAUUUUCUCCGAAGUGCGUCAGGAACUCUAUAACAGCCCUUCCAUUAAGCUUGAUUCUUCUGAAGAGAUUGACAACUUUGCUGAAUUUACUACUCCAUCAAGUGUCCGAGUGCCUCCAUCUGCUUUUCUAGGACCUAAGUGUGCACUAUGGGAUUGCACAAGGCCUGCUCAGGGAUCUGAGUGGUACCUGGAUUACUGCAGUAACUACCAUGGGACUCUAGCUCUGAAUGAAGAUUCACCUGGCACAGCACCUGUCUUAAGGCCGGGGGGCAUCAGUUUGAAAGAUAAUCUAUUGAUUGAUGCUCUUCGUGCAAAGACUCAGGGUAAGAAUGUUGGCAUCCCAGUGUGUGAAGGAGCUGUUAACACAAAAUGCCCAUGGAACGCAGCAGAGCUAUUUCAUCUUGAACUGGUUGAAGGCGAAACGAUCAGAGAGUGGCUCUUCUUUGACAAACCUAGAAGAGCAUAUGAUAGUGGAAACCGAAAGCAAAGAUCACUUCCAGAUUACAGUGGACGAGGUUGGCAUGAAUCAAGAAAAGUACCGAUGAAGGAACAAGAAGGCCAGAAGAGAUCAUACUAUAUGGAUCCACAACCUCCAGGUCCCUUUGAGUGGCAUCUCUUUGAAUACCAAAUCAAUGAAUCUGACGCAUGUGCGUUAUAUCGGCUAGAACUUAAAGUAGGAAAUGGAAAGAAGAGUCCUAAGGGAAAGAUUUCAAAAGACCCUCUAGCUGAUCUGCAGAAGAAGAUGGGACAGUUUAAAGUGGCGUCAGACAAACCCUCUCCUCCAACCAAAGGUCGUAAGGAGUGAAGUUAGCUAUUGGCAAUCUAACUCAAGACUCCUGCAACAAUAGCUCCAAGUUGUCUCCAGCAUUCUACAAAAGAGCCAUCGUCAUCUCUGUUUUUUUUCUUUCUGACUGUAUUAUGACGAGAUAGGAUCAUCUUUGAUGUGUUGUGUUAAUAUGGACAAGUCUGGUCUUUGCCCUUUUUCUUGAUAGAAUCUGAGAUGGGUUUUGUAAAUUUUUGCAUUUUAUUUUUCUGCUCUAAAACCAUAAGGAUUUAAUUAACGAAGUUGUGUAUU